AUGCCGCCCAUCAUCCGUCGUGCUCCCCUGUCCGAGCGCAUCAAGGCUUUCCUCAACCCUUACGACCUUCUUCUCUGGAUCGCCGAGGAACUGCACGAGAGCGCUCUGGAUGAAGCUCUCCGCGACUGGGGAUUGCCCAUUGGCGUCACAGCCAACCUGGUCUUUGCAUGCGCCCGAUGGAGCUUGAAGAAGAGUCCAGACUACGACAUCUUUGGCGAGUUCGAGGCCAAGAGCGGCUGGUUCUACUGGUUUGUCUCGUUUGUCGCGCAUUUCCUCGCCUUCGCAUCGCUGUUCAACGCCUUCUACACUUUUACUCGGUCACGCAAGUACCGCCUCUUCGAGAGCUCCAUCGAUCAAGCGCCAUCAACUCCUUCAGCCCGCCGAGUGCGCGUCGACUCAUCACCCUCUGCCUCGCCGCUCGCCUACUUCUCGUCCAUCAUCUCCUCCAACAAUGUCUUUUCACGACGACAUCCCGACCAGCACAACGAUGUCUGGGAAGUCAGCGUCUGGGACCCCAAGCCUUUCAACCUCGAACUUUUUGCUCUCUUCUCGCCCGGCCACGUUCUCGUCUACUGGCUCUUCCUACCCACAAGCGCUGCCGAUCCUCGUCCCUCGGUCACUUUCGUCACUACAAUACUCCUCGCUGCCCUCUUGAGCGUACAGCUGUCGUUCUUUAGAAAAUUCUUUGUCCAGCAGGCAAAAGACUCGACCCUGAUCCACAAGGAAGUCAUGAACGAGUACGACACCAAGUUUGUUCACCCCAACAUGAACCGUCCGGUGCGCGAUGUCGGUACACAGACAAGAGACACGGCCACGAGCCCUGGAGGAGCAAGGAUCAGAACAAGAGAGGCCGACGUUUACACACCACACACCGUCAUCAACAAGGGGUUCAAGGUCAACCCCAACCCAGCCUACGCCAGUCACCUCACAGAUGACCCCCAGGCCCUGUACGCCACUUCACCGACCAAGAAUAUGCCGAGAAGCGCGACCACUCCAUCACUGCAGCCGACGUUUGGAAGCUAUAGUACAGUUUCGUCGUUCAACACAAACACAAUGUCGUCGUUUGGAGCAACACACGAGCCGACAGAUGUUUUCAACACGCCAGGCAAGACACGGGCGUUGGGGCGCGAGCGACCGCCCAGCCCGAUCAAAAGAAUGGGAGAUGGGGGAAGCUUGGGAGUGUACAGUCAUGCUGCUAGUCCGUUGCGGAAGAGUGCGAGCCGACAGUUGCUGAGGCCAGAUGGCAGACCCCAAGGAAGCCCACUGAAGAGGACUGUGAAUGAGGAAGGAGGAUUGACCGAGAGGUUUGCGAGAUUGAGCGAGGCGAAGCGCAGAGAAACAUCAAGGUAUUAG